AUGGCCGGAAGCCCUCCGCCGGUCCAGCAAUGGGCCCGCGUCGAGGCCUCGGCGCCGGCGGCGGGCGAGAAGGGCCCCGCGCCGGUAGCGAUUGAGAAGGCGCCCGCAUUGAGGGCGGACAGGAGGUCGCCCACGCCGGCGGCGGGCAGGGGAUCGCCCACGCUGACACUAAUCUUGUCUUUCUCCCCUGCUUUGUCCAGCCUGAAGGUUGAUGCUCCGGACACCGCUCUGCUCGCGCCGUCCAAGGUCCUCAAGUCCGAGGCAAGUGCUACGCAACGCUCGGCGGCGCAACCCCCGACCGGAGGGCCUCAGGCGCUAGAGGCGGCCGCUGCGGAGCUCCGGGAAGCGCUGAUCCGGGGAGCCCAGAGGGUCCAUGUGCAGACGGGCAUGAGCGAUUCCGGCCAUAGCAGCGCAGCAGUGGCUGCUCGAUCGGGCGCCGAGGAGGAGGCCGGCCGGCGCAGCGAGGAGCAUGCUGCCCGGCCGGACGCCGGAGACGAAGCCGGCCGAGGCGGUGUAGAAGACGCCGCCCAGUCGGGAGUCGGGGAUGAUGCCGGCCGAGGCGAUGUAGAUGACGCCGCCCGGCCGGGAGCUGGAGGAGGAGAGACCUGCGGGGAUGUAUCAGAGCGCCCCGCCAGCCAGUCGAAGGAAGAGACCCUCACCCCUGAGCCCACGGGGGCUGGGGACGAGGGUGCCGCAGCGACGGCGGAGGCGCAGACGGCGCCAGUGGUGGAGGUGUACUGGGACGAAACGCCGGUGGCGGCGGCACCGGCGGAAGCAACGCCAGGGGCGGAGGCGCCGGCGGAGGACCCCUGGGAGGUUGCCAUCGCUACCGCCGCCGUCGCGUCCACGUCCGAGGGUGGCUUCGACACUUAG